GCCGAAUACAUAUGUAUUCGGCUGUCGGAUUAUUCUGAAGGUGAUUUGUCCGCCGGAGAAGACGAAUAUAAUGAAGAAUAUUAUGAUGAUGAAGAUCAGAGGGAUUUUAGUGAGCAAGCAAAAUUAUUGGUCAAUAGUUUGUUAACUCUUUCACAAAAAAAUGGUGCAAGAUUAAAUGGUCUUUGGUUUUCACCUGAUUCUCCUUACAAUGAUAUCGAUAAAUAUGAACCGCUUUAUGAGUACGGCAAGUUAUUAGAAGAUGUAAACGUGCUCGAUAUCUGCUGUCUUUUUCGAAAGCCCGCCUUGUUUUCGAUCUUAGGUCGUAUGUGCCAUCAAGUUCGGCAUUUAAGAAUACAUAUGAUAUGGAGCCGCCAUUAUGAGGAGAAACAUAUCGAUAAGACGGGAGAGGUCAUUCAUGAAUUAAUCUCUUCUCAAAAGUCAUUGGUCUCAUUUCAUUUGGAAUCUUGUAAAGCCUAUACAAGAAUCUUCUUUCCCCUCCUGUCUAUUCAUAGUCGAAGUCUCAGGCACCUAAAAUUCGAUCAAGUCGAUUUUAGAGGUUGUCCAUCUUGGGCUCCAAUUUCGGACUGUGCUAAUCUCCAAUUAUUGGAGAUUAUCCAAUGUACGAAUAUGGAACCGGAUAUGGUUCGACCUCUAAUUUCGAACAACAAUACUCCCGGAGAGAAAUUUAAGGUGAAGUAUAUAAAAAUUAAUCAUUCUUGUAGAGAAUUAGAAGAAUGGGUUAAGAGGGUUAAUGGUUAUAAACAAAUAGAUUUACCUAUCGAUAUUCAGAAAUUGGAUGAAGCAAGCGGAAGUAAUAAUAGAACUAAAGAAAUAUAGAUUAGACUUGGGGGAAAAAAAAAGGUUCUCAAAGUUUUUUUUUCUAAAAAAAAAAGAAAAAAAAAAAAAAAA